GUCAGUCCGAUAUUUUUAUAUCUCGCGGAAACCAACUGUCAGUUGCACUAAAAAUAAACUGACCGCACCAAAAUUCACUGGCUGUGAUGUACGCGACUCGCAAAUCAUACCGGCAAUUAUUCACGUCUCCGUGAACUGGAACGUAUGAAAAAUAUGAUGCAUUUCGUAUAUUGGAUGAUUACAACGAAUGCCUUUCUUCAUUCGGACAGUUUCAACAGAGAGCAAUCUGAAAGUGGAUAUACCCGCGUAUUAAAUGAAACCCGUUUACUGGCGCCUCUAUAUAUACAAAGCGCGCACGUUGAACUAUGUAGUCACGGAUAUUUUCGAUGGAAUAUAACAAUGCAAUAUAAAAAUAAUAACUACAAAUUGAAAUAAUUUAAGUUUAAAAAAGACAAAAACGUAAAAAAAAUGUCAAGUAUUUUAAUAGGAUAUUUAUGCAAAACAUAUAUCAAACAUAAGAUAAUGUGGCCGAUACUAUAUCGAAAGAGAGAUCCUAAGAGAAACCAGCUCUGAACACAAGCUUGAUCAUCCACUGGCAACGAUAUUACCGACUGCAUUCACUCUAUCGAGUCUGCCGUGAAAGGACGAGCUCUCCUCUCAUUCAAAGAGAUGCCGCCAUGGCCAGCGAUUUACGCUUGUUUCAUGGCUUAUAAUGAUAUUUCUGUAAUUAGAAAUAGACAUUUAUAAUAAAACUCCCUUUUUUACAUUGUCUUUAAUCCGUCACUUAACGAUUCCACGAUGCUUCAUGUGGCUCAUGAAUGCGAAGUCGAGACCGACCAGGAAGAUGUAUUCUUUCUUCUCGAUCGCAAUUUCUUCCGAAAAGCGUUUAACGCCUUUCGCUCUUCGCUGAUGGCAUCAGAAAGAAAUCCAGGUGCCCGCAAGUAUUUACGCAGCCACGCUUCCAUAAUUUCGGAAAAACGACGGCAUUUUCAAUACUACAAGCAUAUUCUUCAUCCCUUCAGUACUUUUAGAUUUUUCUGGGAUAUCGUAAUGAUUUUAACGAUAACGUGCUUACUAUUGGCUACUCCGUAUUACGCUGCCUUUAAAAUAAAGAAGCGUUCACCUUAUUGGACAGUUUGUAAAAAUCUCUUACUUUUCCUUUGUUGCAUGGACAUAAUCGUUAAUUUUAUGACAGGAUAUUUUGACAAGCUACUUCAGAGUGUUGUGAUGGAACCGAAAAAAAUAAUGAAGAACUACGUAAUAUACGGUACUUUCUUACCAGACUUGCUGGGCUCUCUACCAACUGACAUCGCGUUUGUUAUAACGUGGCAGGAGGCUACAGUCACGCGCGAGUUGGUGUCUUUGAUGUGCGGAUUUCGCAUGUUCUCUCUCAGUUCCUACAUGACAAAGAUUGUUCACGCAUACGACGUACCGGUUACCCUCUAUGAAGUCUGCGUCAUGAUAUUUUGGCUAAUGUUAGCGUUUCAGUGGCAGUCUUGUCUGUACUGGAUAGUGCCAAUAGCGACGACCUCCAUGCACCUACCGAGGCAACCGGACGACGACUUCUGGAUACACGAGUUUAAUCUCUGGGAAGAAUCCAGAGCUCUGCAGUAUCUGCACAGUCUCUUACGCGCUGUUACCAUUUUCUUGUCGUCGGGCUUUUUACACAGGAAGCCGAGAAACGAGGCGGAUCUCACGCUGGUGAUCCUCUUGCAGAUCUUAGGGAGUCUAGUUAUCUGGAUCCUGAUAGCUCGCGUAAAUCAGCUCUACAGGAGCACUAACAGCUCCAGGAUAAAGUAUCAAGACAUCAUGGCGCAGGUCAAGGAGUAUAUGAAGCGUCGUCAGUUACCGUAUUUGACUCGAGACCGUAUUGUAGACUACUACGAGUUUUGCUUUCAACAUCGAUACUUCUACGAGGUCGAGAUCCUCAACACUCUGUCGCCGCAAAUGCGCCAGGAGAUCGGUAUGCACGUCUGUCGCAAACUCGUGGAGAACGUCACAUUUUUCAGCAAUCUACCCCUCUUGUUACUGACGCGCAUCGUCGCCCUACUGAAGUCCGAGAUAUUUUUGCCGAACGACGUGAUUGUGCGGGCCAAUCAACCAGGUGACUGCAUGUACUUCAUCGCCAACGGUACGGUGGCUAUUUAUACCGUUUCCGGAAAGGAAGUAUGCCACUUGGAGGACGGCGCGCACUUCGGGGAGAUCGCGCUGGUGAUGCCGGACUCGCGGAGAGUGGCCAGUGUCGUCGCUGUUGACAUCUGCGAGUUGUAUCGCCUGGAUCGCGCAGAUUUCGCCAGAACGAUUCAUCCCUAUCCCAUGCUGUGGGAGCAAAUUAAGAAAAUAGCUAUCGAGAGGCACGAGAGAACGACCAUACUGGAAAUGCAUUAAACAUCGCAAAAGUAUUUUAUUUAAAAAAAUAUAUAUCGUCUCGUUAUUACGGUGUACCUAUUGGAAACGGCAAAAAAAUCUUAUUUGUGUGCAACUUAGUUACGAUAUUAAAGGCAAUAUUGAUAUCGAUAUUAAACGAUUAAAAGUGAUAUUUAGCGACGCGUUAUAUGGAGAACAAGUUAAAAAUUGAUCUUUUAUCUACGAUCGUUAUAAUUAUACAAACCGAAUGCAACAUUGAGACUAUCGAGCGGGCAAUAAAUUUUAAAGCUCCAAUUA